CGCUGCCAGUUUCUCUACAACUAGUACAUCCACGCACAGGCAGGGUCCCGGCCGCCGCGGCUGCCAUGGAUAUCAGCUAAAGCCGGACGGAGAGGGCAGCGCGGCGCUCCCCGACCCAGCUCCCGAGCCCCGCGGGGCCGCCGCGCCCUCCCUCCCGCCGGCCGGCAGCAGAGGCGGCCGCUCCCCGCCCGCCCCGAGCCUGCCCCGGAGGAGCCCGGCUGCCCCGGGGACGGGGGGGGGGAAGAGAGGGAGGGAGGGAAGAAGCACGGAACACCGGGAGGGAGUCGGGCAGAGCAUCCCCACGGCAAUGUCCAAGGGCUUGAAGAAGAAAAGCCACUGGACGAGCCGAGUCCACGAGAUCGUGAUCGUGAGGAACCCGGAGGGGCAGCUGGGCUUCGAGCUGAAGGGGGGCGCCGAGAACGGGCAGUUCCCCUACCUGGGGGAGGUGAAGCCCGGCAAGGUGGCCUAUGAGGGCGGCAGCAAGUUAGUGCCGGAGGAGCUCCUGCUGGAGGUGAACGAGACCCCCGUGGCCGGGCUCACCAUCAGGGAUGUGCUGGCCGUGAUCAAGCACUGCAAGGACCCCAUCCGGCUCAAGUGCGUCAAGCAAGGAGGCGUUGUUGAUAAGGACCUUCGUCACUACCUCAAUUUACGGUUCCAGAAAGGUUCAGUAGACCAUGAGCUCCAGCAGAUCAUAAGAGACAAUCUCUACCUCCGCACAGUGCCAUGCACCACAAGGCCACAUAAGGAGGGGGAAGUCCCUGGUGUGGACUAUAUUUUCAUCACUGUUGAAGAUUUUAUGGAAUUGGAGAAAAGUGGUGCUCUCUUAGAAAGUGGAACAUAUGAAGACAACUAUUACGGCACUCCGAAGCCUCCAGCAGAACCAGCUCCACUGCUGUUAAAUGUAACAGAUCAGAUCCUCCCAGGUGCCAGUCCCGGGGCUGAAGGCAAACGUAAAAGGAAUAAGUCUGUGAGCAAUAUGGAGAAGACAGGUAUUGAACCACCAGAGGAAGAAGAGGAAGAAAGACCUGUGGUCAAUGGAAAUGACGUGACAGUAACACCAGAAUCAAGUGAACAUGAAGAGAAGAGUACAGGUGUCUCAGGUGAGGCAUCUUCCACCCAACCUUGUCCUGCACCAGGAUAUACUCAGCCUGAAGAAGCAAAGGAGGAUAUGGAUGUAACAAAGCAGACUAAACCUGAAGAGAAUGAUGACUUGGGCCCACUGCCUGAUAACUGGGAAAUGGCUUAUACAGAAAAGGGGGAGGUCUACUUUAUUGACCAUAACACAAAGACAACAUCAUGGCUGGAUCCACGACUUGCGAAAAAGGCUAAACCUCCAGAAGAGUGCAAAGAAAAUGAGCUUCCAUAUGGCUGGGAGAAAAUUGAUGAUCCCAUAUAUGGCACUUAUUAUGUUGACCACAUAAAUAGAAGAACACAAUUUGAAAACCCUGUCCUAGAAGCAAAAAGGAAGCUACAGCAGCAUAACAUGCCCAACGCAGAACUUGGAACAAAGCCUAUGCAGGCCCAAGGUUUCCGAGUAGAAAGCUCCUCAUCAACUUUACCUAGACCCAAAUUCGCCCACCUGCACCCCGCUCCCAAGAGGUCCCGCAGCGUGAAUGACCUGUCCCAGUGCCGGCGCGACCCCGCCGGGACGCGCGGGCUGCACGAAAAACCACUCUUCACCCGUGAUGCAUCACAGCUGAAGGGGACUUUCCUCAGCACAACUCUUAAGAAAAGCAACAUGGGUUUUGGAUUUACCAUCAUUGGUGGGGAUGAGCCAGACGAGUUUCUCCAGGUGAAGAGUGUAAUUCCUGAUGGGCCUGCAGCACAAGAUGGGAAAAUGGAAACAGGUGAUGUCAUUGUCUAUAUUAAUGAAGUUUGUGUCCUUGGACAUACCCACGCAGAUGUAGUCAAACUCUUCCAGUCUGUUCCUAUUGGUCAGAGUGUCAACUUGGUGCUAUGUCGUGGAUACCCUUUGCCCUUUGAUCCUGAAGAUCCUGCCAACAGCAUGGUGCCACCCCUUGCAGUAAUGGAGAGGCCUCCGGUAGUGGUAAAUGGAAGACAUAACUAUGAAACUUAUUUGGAAUACAUUUCUAGGACUUCUCAGUCUGUUCCAGACGUAACAGAUCGACCACCACACUCCUUGCACUCCAUUCCAGCAGAUAGUCAGCUUGAUAGCACAUUCCCACCACCUGCCCAUGAUGAUAAUGUAUCAAUGGCUUCUUCUGGGGCCACCCAAGCUGAACUCAUGACCUUAACCAUUGUGAAAGGGGCCCAGGGCUUUGGCUUCACUAUAGCAGACAGUCCUACAGGACAGAGGGUGAAGCAAAUUCUAGACAUUCAGGGAUGUCCUGGUUUGUGUGAAGGUGACCUCAUUGUUGAGAUCAACCAGCAGAAUGUACAGAACCUGAGCCAUGCAGAAGUAGUGGAUAUACUUAAAGAAUGUCCUGUUGGAAGUGAAACUUCUUUGAUUAUCCAUAGAGGAGGUUUCUUUUCUCCAUGGAAAACUCCAAAGCCUAUGAUGGAACGAUGGGAGAAUCAAGGCAGCCCUCAAACAAGUCUGUCUGCUCCAGCUAUGCCACAGAAUAUUCCCUAUCCACCCACUCUUCACAGGAGUUCAUUUCCCGAUUCAACAGAGGCCUUUGAUCCACGAAAACCUGACCCAUAUGAGCUGUAUGAGAAAUCAAGAGCUAUUUAUGAAAGUAGGCAACAAGUGCUGCCCAGGACUGGUUUUCGAGUGGAUUCCUCUGGUCCCGAUUACAAGGAGCUGGAUGUUCACCUUCGGAGAAUGGAGUCUGGCUUUGGCUUCAGGAUCCUGGGAGGAGAUGAGCCUGGACAGCCUAUUCUCAUCGGAGCAGUAAUUGCCAUGGGCUCAGCAGACCGAGAUGGUCGUCUCCAUCCUGGUGAUGAGCUGGUGUAUGUAGAUGGGAUUCCAGUGGCCGGCAAAACCCACCGAUAUGUGAUUGAUCUUAUGCAUAACGCUGCCCGAAAUGGGCAAGUGAAUCUUACUGUGAGGAGAAAGGUGCUACCCACGGACUCCUCCAGCCAGAAAGGUCCCCCUCCGCCCGGUGCGACGCCCCCUCGCAGCUCCCCCACCGCUAGGAAAAUGGCCAAUAACCAAGGAGAGCCGUGCCCAGAGAAUGGCAGAAGCCCAGGCUCCGUGUCCACGCACCACAGUUCUCCAAGAAGUGACUACACUACUUAUGCUAACAGUAAUCACGCUGUCUCUAGUAGCAAUGCUACACCCCCCGAGGGCUUCACUUCUCACAGCCUGCAAACCAGUGACGUGGUGAUCCACCGCAAGGAGAAUGAAGGCUUUGGCUUUGUUAUCAUCAGUUCCCUGAACAGGCCCGAAUCUGGGUCCACAAUAACUGUACCCCAUAAAAUAGGGCGGAUAAUUGAUGGAAGUCCUGCGGAUCGCUGUGCAAAACUUAAAGUUGGAGACCGGAUCUUAGCUGUGAAUGGCCAGUCUAUUAUUAACAUGCCUCAUGCAGAUAUUGUGAAGCUAAUUAAAGACGCAGGGCUCAGUGUAACUCUUCGCAUCAUUCCUCAGGAGGAGCUGAACAGCCCAGCCUCGGCCCCCAGCUCGGAGAAGCAGAGCCCCAUGGCCCAGCAGCACAGCCCCAUGGCCCAGCAGAGUCCCCUGGCGCAGCAGAGCCCCGUCGCCCAGCACAGCCCCGUUGCCCAGCCACCGCCUCCGCAGCCCCUCCAGCUGCAGGGACACGAAAACAGUUAUAGGUCAGAAGUAAAAGCCAGACAGGAUGUGAAACCUGAUAUCCGGCAGCCUCCAUUUACAGACUACAGGCAGUCCUCAACGGACUACCGACAGCCUCCACUGGACUACAGGCAUCCUCCAGUGAUGGAUUACCAGCAGCCACCACCUCUGGACUACAGGCAGCCACCGUUGAUAGAUUACAGGCAGCAUUCACCUGACACCAGGCAGUACCCUCUGUCAGAGUACAGGCAGCCCCAGGACUUUGAUUAUUUCACUGUUGAUUUGGAGAAAGGAGCCAAAGGUUUUGGGUUUAGUAUUCGAGGAGGAAGGGAGUACAAAAUGGAUUUGUAUGUGUUGAGGUUAGCAGAAGAUGGACCAGCAAUAAGAAAUGGAAGGAUGAGGGUAGGAGAUCAAAUAAUUGAAAUCAAUGGAGAAAGCACAAGGGACAUGACACAUGCCAGAGCAAUAGAGCUAAUCAAGAGUGGUGGCAGGAGAGUGAGACUGUUGUUGAAACGUGGAACAGGCCAGGUCCCGGAAUAUGACGAACCAAACUCCUGGAGUGCUCCCUCUGCCACCUCCCCAGGUCUGCCGGAAGUAGGUCUUUCUCUCGAGGACAUAAUCUCACCAUUAUCUUCAUCACACAUAGCCCCACCCUCUGACCCUUCUCACCAGAUAAGCCCAGAGCCAACAUGGGAUAUCAAGAGGGAACAUGAUGUAAGGAAACCAAAGGAGCUUUCGGUGAACGGUCACAAAAAGAAAAGGUUAGGAGAACAAAGAGAAAGGUCAGCAAGUCCUAAAAAGGUAGACAGGUCAAAGCAUGAAGAGGCUUCUUGGAAAGGAUAUUCAGAAGGCAAAAAUAAGACCACUGAUGGUGGCAGGCCCACCUCAGAAAGCAAAGUGGUGGGACACAGCGUUAUGAUCGAGGCUGGCGCGAGAGAGCACGUGUGUGCUGGAACCAGUGAUGAACAGUUUGGGAGGCUGAGGAAGCCGGAAAGCAAGAGAGGAGGAUCUCUUAGCAAAAAAGAAGAUCACAAAUCCGCGAAUAGCAGCGAGAAGAAGUCAGCUGCCGCAUCCGACCAUGUCAAGCUCGAUACAGGUGCUGCCAAGACGUACAGUAGCAACCGCUGCAGCUCGCCUGGAAGUGAUAUGGACCACAGCCAGAGGGACCCUGAUGGGAAACCCGGCGAGUUCCCCAGGAAGGGACAUCUCCACUCCAUUAGCACUCGCAGCACCAACACCACAGUUCGAAAGGCAACGGUCUCCCCAGGGCCGUGGAAAAUCCCUGGCUCGGAUAAGCUACCUAGCGUCCUGAAGUCUGGUACUUCUGCCAUGAGCAGAUAAGCAAGCGACUGUUGCCCUCUAACUGUCUCAAACUGACACAGAACAUUCUUCUUAGUUUUUGUCUCACAUUGGUUUGUUUUAAUUUAUUUUAACUAUCACACAUAUACACAAAGCAUUGAGGAAUGAAAACAUUAGUGUGUAAUUCCAUGACAAUGUGCACAGUAUCUAAUAAGUUCAAAAGCAUAUAGUCAACACGGAGAUUUAAAAUCGACCCUAAAGUCCCAAUUCCAUUUUAGGGACUUUGGCAGCUAUGGAAGAAACCAAAACAAUAUGAAGGACAGUACAUCAGAGAAGGAUAGUGCAGUGUAGCUUUAGCAUUUUUUUUUCCCACUGCAUGAAGGACUUGGAUUUCAUUCAAACUUUAUAUCAAGAAACUGGAACAAGUUAGAGCAAUCACAAACUGGAACAUCGCCUUAAAUAAAACUGCACGGAGCAAGCUGAAACCGAGAGAGGAUCUUUUCAUGGAGCUAAAAUGUUGUAAAUAAAUUGUUCUCAACAUAUCUAGACAGGGGUUAAAGGGUUUCUUUGAAGCAUCGUUCGGAACUGUACACCCAUGACACGUCUCCACUGUUAAUGCUUUGGGAUAGUCCACAUGAUACCCUGUAGCAUAGUUCACUGGGCGCUAUGGGAGGAGUGGGGAAUCCAGUGGAUUAGUUUCUGUGAUACCAUUUCUACUGCCAUUUUUGUGAACAAACCAUGUUUCUGUACAUUGGAAAGGAGUUAGGGUGGAGUUGUAUUUGCAAAUUAUUCUCGAAAGUGAUUUAUUACAGGUUCCCCAAAUCCUGCGAGGUAGCACACAAACCAAUUGGUCAGGCUCAAAACCCAGACACCUGCAAGGCCCUUGCAAUGAAAGGAAGAGUGCUACAGAGAAAAAGCUGCAGUUUCCUUAAGGAAAGGCCUUUCCCUCCUGCAGAAAACGAGACCUUCACUUACCAACAGUGCUAUGUUUCAUACCCAUCUACAUUUAGUUAGGACACUCUCACCUUUCAUCCCCUCAGUUUGGCAGAGCAGGUGCCUCUAAGGCACACGUUAACAGUAAUUAGACUGGUUUCUGAAAUACAGUUGUCAGUGUCCUCAUUCAGUAAAUUCGAUAUAUCUCCAUUUUUAAAAUGGUUUCCAUUUUAUCAUUUCUUCCCUACCUCCAUUUUUUUUUUUGUCUUUUUUUGGUUUUAUCUUUCUUGCUUGUCUGUUUUGAAUUUCAAGCCUUAAGUGCCAGGUAAACAUUCCAGUCUGCCUUCACAGGAAAUAACUCCGAGUUCAGUCAAUCAGUCAUUAUCUUGUUUCAAAAAGAUGCAUGUGUGUCUAUGUAAGUGCGCAUAUGCUUAUUUGUCUGUCAAAAUUAAAAGAAAAUCCUGGGCAAUAAUACAUUGGUAAUCAAAAAAAAAAAAUCAUAAACCUAAGUACUGUCGAAAAUUCAUAUUUAAAAACUAAUGUUCUCUAGCAAUCUUAGUUCCUCACAUGCUCUGCUGAAAAAUUAGAUUGAGAUUGGCUUUGUUCCAAGAAAUUAGCACAUUACUGUAUGUCUCAAACAUUGCACUGGACUGAGAAAUUUAUAGGCAUGUUUCUUCCUGUCCAAUUAUUUGAAAAGCCUCAAGUCAAGGAUUUUGCAGCUUUCAAACAAUUUUUUUUAGAAAGAGAAAUCCAUUUAUAAUUUCUGAAAAAGCACAAGUCCAUGUAGCUGUUUAUAAAACUCUUAUUUAAUGAAAAAAAAAUCUUUAUCCCCUGAACUAGAAUCCAAUAUAAUUUGCAUUAAUUUAUUGAAUCUGAUUUUGGACAAUGCUUCUGUAGUGUAGAUGCACGUCCCAGUAUCUUAUUUUUAUGUAUAAAGAAAGCAAACAAUGAAAUCUGGAAAACAGUUGAGAUUAUGCUUGCAUAAACUCUAAUUUGCACAGUUCACAGCUACUCCUUGUGCAGUAAUUGCUUUAUGCGGCUGUAAUCGAUAACCUGUGAAGACAGCACAUCAUCUAAACCCCAUUCCAAAUAAUAUUUCUGUGUAGUGUUAGCUGUGAAUUUACCCUGUACAGCUCUAUCUCUAUAAAUAUAAUUCCAUGUAUUAAUAGUCACAGAAAGGCUGUAAGUGAGCAACUAUUUUUAUGAAACGCACCACUAUGGAUAAAUUAACUUUUACAGAAAUCUUGUUUACUGUAUGAUAUUCUAAACCACUGUCAAAUAAAAUAUAUAUCCAAAAAUCUUUUUUUUUUUUCAA